AUGUAUUAAAAUAAUAACUAUGAAAUUUUUAAGUUGCCUCAUCUCUAAUAGUACAAAUCUAACAUUACAUUUAUUCCUAAAUCUCCUGAAUAUAUUAAUUAAUAGCAACCACAAUUAUAAGUGAGAUUGGAACUUCCUAAUUUUGGUAUGAUGCCUUAGAGAAAAUAAUAAAUUAUAAGAAAAAAAACACCUCCUAAAAAGUAUAUUGAUGAGUUCCCAGCUUAUUAUUUAGACUUAUUACCAAUACCUCCAUUUCUUAAAGAGCCAGAAUAAAUAAAUUAUUUGAUUUUGCAACAUAAAGGGGAGAGGCCCAAAAAAAUAGAAAUCCAAUAAUUGCCUUCAUUAAGGUAACUUAAAGAAACACCAAAAUUGACAAUAUCUCCUAAAACAACUUCUAUCCUUACUAACAAGCCUAUCAUAAGAUCUUUGAAUUUAUAAGCCUUAGGAUCAGAUUAUUAAUAAAAGGAAUAAGAAAAAUAAACAGAUAAAUAAAAUGGAUAAUUGGAAUAAAUAAAGAUUCAACAGAUCAAGCCUAGAUCUAAACAGCUACAAAGAUGGAUUAAAAGAGUAUAUCAUCUAAAGAUAUGGCUAUCUUUUUAUAAAUUGCUUAUUGAAACAUUAACAGCUAAAACUGAAAUAAUUUUAAAGCAAUAAAGAGAAGAAUUUGCUUAAAAUCUUAAUGGAGCUUUAAGACAAUUAUCUAAUUGGACGGAUGCAACUUUAGAUGAAUUGUUACUUGAAAUUAUAAAUUUAAAAGAGCCUUUAUAUAUGAGAGUAGGUGAAGAAAAGUAAAAUCAAUAAAAAAAAAAAAAUAUAGAAAAUUUAUUAGUUUUAUGCAUGAAAAAGUUAAUUUCUGUAAAUAUUUCUGGUUUUUUCACAAAAUAACUUGGAAUGAUUUUGAACAGAUUAAUAUAACCUUAUUAAUUUCCUCCUGUAUCAUAUUACUUUAAAUUUGAAAUAAUCAGACUAAAGCCUACUGUUUCUGGAAGUCUUGGAUAAAUGGAAAAGAAUCAAUAAAGAAUGAUAAUAAUGCUAUUCAUAUUUAUAAGAUAAGUUUUAUUUGCUUAAAUCUUGAGAGCUUGGUAAUUUCAUCCUAAUUAAACAGAUAAUGAUCAAUAAUUGAUGCUAAUUUAAGCAAACUCUAUAAUAAUUGUCUCAGUUGUACAUGAAAUUAUAAUUAAAUGGAUAGAAAGAAAUGUACCAAAAAAAAGAGGGCUUGAUUUAGAUAUGUUACAUCAUCAAUUUUUAUUUAUAGAAAAACCAUUAACAUAGGAUAAGGAGAAAAUGGAGAAAUAAGGAAAAAAAUAUUAAGAUAAUGAAUUAAUCGAAGGGAUAUUAGGAAGCAAUUAAAUUAUGAAGUACUUGUAAAAUACUAAAGGAGAAUUUGAAAAGUGGGUGAUAUAGUUUGAGAAGGAUAUGUUAAAUUAUUGUGAUUAGAUUUAUGAUCAUCUAACAAAAGAAUUUGAAGAACAACCUAGACAAAGGGAUAGAAUUUGCAAAAUGAUGUCAAUCCACUAUUUAGCAUCUUUAAUUAGAAAAUAUUGA